GGCACGCGCGCCGGGUCCGACUGGUCAGAGGCUGAGUGCGAGGGCGGGCUUCAGUGGACCUUUUGCCCUCCAUGGGAGAGGACGCGCAGGCCAGCGUUCACGCCAAUCACAGGACUCCCUCCGUCCGCCAUGCCUUACUAGCAUGAUCCUUGGACCAAGGGCCCGAAGCGCAGCCGUGGUUUCCUCGACGUCGGACUGAGGCAGACGAGGAGACCAACAAGCCAGACAAGAUGUUGUACAACUGAUGACAUAUCUGCAUUCUCAGAAAAAGAGGAACUUCCACUCGGUCAGCAUAUGUUCGCGCAGUUCUUACACGCAGCAAAAGCAGCUGCGAUCUGUUCUGUGAUCAAAACCCUCCUGGACGUGAGCGCGUGACGGAUCGAGACAGCUGUCGUGUGCGCCUGUGUGUGUGGCAGGACCCGACGCCAGUCUGUGCAGUGACAGGUGACUUUCGUGAGGAGCCGUGAAGUGACUCUGGAACUGGGCCGCGGCUGCGUCGGAGAACCACGGUUGUGAUGAUAUAUGUGAAGUGACUUCAAAAGAUUUGUAAACAAAUGAACUCCCGAGAUUGCAGAUGUGAGUUAUGCCAUCAGAUAAAGCUCCUGACGUUAUCUCUUUUGCCUUGAACUCGUCUGGAAAGCAGGACUUGCUCUAAGUUUGCAAGGGCCGAGAAGUGAACUGUGCUUGUCUUAUUUCGAUCCAAAGAAAGAUUAUUCGCGUCUGGGAAAAAUACAACUGUUAUCUUUGCAAUCUGUCUCAUUCUGAUAUCUUUUGAGAUAAUUAUGAAGUUACGAUGACCCUAUCAAAGUCUCGGGAAGAAGUUGUCUAAACCAGAAACGGUAUCAAGAGAGUAAUCUAAGCGGGACAGUGGUCAGUGUUCCAGAGAAGUUAGUGAGAUCAUUAGUAAUUUGCAUGCGUAAUAAAAACUCGCCAGUUAACAAGAUGAGUGAAACUUUCAUCAGCACGCUGUGUGGAACAUUCUUAUCAGAAGGUAAAAUCUGUUCCUGUUUGUAAUUUAUUCUGCGCCUCGGUUGUUUUUUGAAAGUAGUUACAGGUGACUUUGGAUUUCUGGAGCGAAAGGAACGGAGGGGAUUUCAACGCGGGUGUCAGUAGUGACCCGUGCCACAUUUUGAACCCUCGAAAAGAUGAUUGACAAAGAGAAAGAAAUGGAGGGGCUGGCGGCAAGUGAGGCAACGAAAAUAGCCAUAUGUAACGACAAUAACCACAACAACAACAAUAACAACAACAACAACAACAACAACAACAACAACAACAACAACAACAACAGCAGCAGUCGCAGUCAAAGGAAGUCCUCUUCACGGAUCGCGGAAAAGUACGGGCUGCGGCCGCGCACCGUCGUCCGCAGACUGCAGAUGGAGAAGGGCCGCGACGACCUCUCCGGCGCCAGCAGCAAGACGCCCCGGAUCCGGCCGCCGCCGCUGUCCAAGUACCGGCGCAAGACGGCGAACGCCCGCGAGCGCCACCGCAUGAAGGAGAUCAACGACGCCUUCGAGACGCUCCGGCGCGUGCUGCCCGACAUCUGCAGCCGCCGCGCCGCCGCCGCCAUGACCAAGAUCACCACGCUCAAGCUCGCCGUCAACUACAUCCGCGCCCUGUCGCACAUCCUGCAGGACGGACACCCGGGCGACAUCUCCUUCUUUGACGGCCUCGGGAUCGACGACCUCACCAUCGAGGCGUCCGCGCUCUCACCGCUGACCUCGCACGGCCCCGUACUGCAGUGCCCGGGCCGCGGUGCCUUCCAGCAGGGCUUCCCAACGCCCUCCGCGGCCCUCCCCUCCUGCUCCGCCUCCGCUGCGGGUCGAGGCUCUUCGGGCAGCAGCAGCGACCUGAGCGACCUCCUCUCCGACGACUCUUGCGUCUUCGAAGACAAUCUCGACGCCUUCGAUGACAUCCCCGCCCUACCGGAGGCCGACCCCUUCGCCCUGCUCCUGAACCCCGAGGAGGAGGCCCUCGCACUCACGAGCUAGGGAAGUGUUCGAGCAGGACAGCUCACCCGUUCCAGGAAGUAUAGUGUGGUGUUCGACGCGCGUAGAGUUUAUCUUCCUAUUGGAUGUUGAGAACAAGCAUCGUGUUGAGAACAUGUUGUCUCACCGCCCCUCCUCCUUCCCCAUGACGUCUGAAUCGCUAGGAUCACCACAGCAAUCUGUCUCUACUCUAUAUGAGUCGCUUCGUCUUCCUGUACACUUUGCUCGUGUCCAGCUGUGAUUCAACAGCCCAUUCGUGUCCACACGUGUGAAUGUUGACAAGAUUGAUAUGCUUCUCAUCAUACAGCUGUCCACAUAAACUCUAUUUUCGAUGAAGCGCCUUCGAUUUCUCACAAGCCUUAUCCCGGUGGUUAAUAUUGUGAUACUGUUAUGUGAAGGUGUGUUCUGUUCUCUCGUCAACUUUAACUAAAAUUUUUGAUGGUUUGAACACUUCUUGAAAAUAUUUUUCCUGUUGUUUCUCUCAACAUUUUUAUAGGAGAAAUAUAUUGACAAGUCUUAUCAAUUUUCUUCGUAUAUACGUAUAUAAUUCUAAAUUCUUCCUUUUCUUCUACAUAAUUAUGUCACUAUGUAGACAUAAUUAGGGUGAAGCAAACGUUGUAAUUAGAGGGAAAUGCAGUAGGGGAACAGUGAACAAAUAUUUUUAGUUGUAUAUUUUUAUCUUAGGUUCGUUAUCACUUUUGUUUCUGUAGCUGGGUGAUUAAACAGACAGAUGUACAGUAUUUAUAUAGUAGAAUUUCAAUUACAUGUAUAUAGCUUCCUUUUCUCCUUUACGUUUUAAGCAAGUGCCCUAAAGUUAAAACAAAUUUAAAAAUCACCUUUACAAGUUAUCUAAGUAUCUUUAUCUUUUCCACAGUGUUAGAAAAUGUACUUCCCUGUCCCGAUAGAGUUUUGUGUCGUCUACUGUCAGCGAUUCUAGUCUAAGUUAGCAAUUUUAGCGUGGGAAGUACAGACACAGGUGUAGUGGCAAAAGAAAAAGUCCGGAAGCUAGGGACAGGUGUACGAAAAGGAAUUUUGAAAGACGAUGUGAAAGAGACCAAGAAUAAACAAAAAAAUAUAUGUGUGUGUAUAGAAGAGAUAGGAAGAACAAAGAAAAAAAAUUGAGAAGAUAAGGUAGAGCGUUAGUAGCAGAUUGAAGAUUUUGUUCUUCCUAAGUUUAAGGAGGCUAUUUCCUGCAUUUAAUAAUGUUGACCUGUUUUGUGAUUUUGAGAAAGCAAAUUUUGACAAUGAAGGAAGGAAAUACUGUAAAUAUACAGAGAACAGUUCAAAGAAGCAAAAUAAAUUGUGAUGAUAGAUUACAGUACUGUAUCCUAAAACACUGUCUCCUAGACAUACUGUAUGCUUGAAAUACUGUAUUAUCGGAAUACUGUACCCUAAAAUACUGUAUCCUGCAUGUAUUGUAUGCCAGAAACACUGAAUCCUCGGAAAAUGUAAUAAAAAAAAUAUUUUCUGGAAAUGCUAUAUGCCAGAAGUACUGUAUCCUGAAAUACAAUAUCCCAGAAAUACCGUAUGCCUGAAUUAAUUUACCCUCGGAAUACUGUACGCUUAAGAUGCUGUAUCCUAGAAUAAAGAAUGCCUACCGUAGAGUCCUGCUGCUACAAGGACGUGCCAUAUCAUGUACAAAGGUGUAAAAUUCAGAGGUUUUCGAGUCAAACACACGAGAUGCAUAAUUAUGAAUGUAUAUACAGGUAGAAGUCCUUCACAGUUUUGUAUCUGAUAUCCUUAGAUUUUUGUCCAAUAAAUGCGGGUGAUAUGU